GGGACCCGGCCAGUGCGGCAGCUGGACGUGCGGCAGCAUGAGUGCAGGCGCGGACCCCGUGGUCAUCGUGUCGGCGGCGCGCACCGCCAUCGGUUCAUUCAAUGGGGUCCUGGCCACGGUUCCUGUGCACGAACUGGGCGCCACCGUCAUCAGGGAAGUCCUGAAGAGGGCCGCCGUGGCGCCCGAAGAUGUGUCCGAGGUCAUCUUUGGACACGUGCUGCCCGGAGGCUGCGGGCAGAAUCCCGUUCGACAGGCCAGCAUAGGUGCCGGAAUUCCCAUCUCCGUUCCAGCCUGGAACUGCCAGAUGAUCUGCGGCUCUGGCCUCAAAGCCGUGUGCCUGGCACUGCAGUCAAUACGAGUGGGAGACGCCCGCAUCGUGGUUGCAGGGGGCAUGGAGAACAUGAGCAGGGCCCCGCACUUUGUCCACCUGCGGACGGGAGUGAAGCUCGGGGAAAUGCCCCUGAGCGACAGCAUCCUCUGUGAUGGGCUCACUGAUGCCUUCCUAAACUACCACAUGGGCAUCACAGCGGAAAAUGUAGCCAAAAAAUAUCAAGUGAGUCGCGAAGAGCAGGACAAGCUGGCAGUCCUGUCCCAGAACCGCACGGAGAGCGCGCAGAAGGCUGGCCAUUUUGACAAAGAGAUUGUGCCCGUGUUCGUGCCAUCGAAGAAAGGUCUCACUGAAGUGAAAAUGGAUGAGUUUCCUCGACACGGUAGCAGCCUUGAUGCCAUAAGCCAGCUAAAGCCUCACUUCCUGAAUGACGGGACAGGAACAGUGACCUCUGCAAAUGCUACAGGAAUGAAUGAUGGCGCCGCUGCUGUAGUUGUCAUGCGGAAAUCAGAAGCUGUGAAUCGUGGGCUGACACCUUUAGCUCAGAUUGUUUCCUGGGCACAAGAGGGUGUGGACCCUUCCAUCAUGGGACUAGGACCCAUUCCAGCUAUCAAGCAAGCUGUUGCAAAAGCGGGUUGGUCCCUGAGUGAUGUGGAUGCCUUUGAAAUCAACGAAGCGUAUGCUGUGCUCUCCGUGGCCAUAACGAAGGAACUGGGAUUAGACCCGGGGAAGGUGAACAUGCAAGGAGGGGCGAUCGCCUUGGGCCACCCCCUGGGAGCAUCUGGCUGUCGGAUUCUCGUCACCCUGCUGCACACUCUGGAGCGCACGGGGGGCCGUCGCGGGGUCGCCGCCCUGUGCAUCGGGGGCGGGAUGGGAAUAGCCAUGUGUGUGCAGAGAGGCUGAGCGUCAGCGUGCACUUCUGCCCUGAAGCUGCCUCAGAACGGAGUGAGGAUGGACGCCACCCCGCGAGUCAAGAACCCAGGCCUGUCAGCUUCUUGUUCUUUUAAUGUGUAACACGCAAGGUACGGGACAGGGGUGUCUAACAUGGUCAUAAAUAAAAGCGGGCUCAGUCAUCAAGGGCGCCCGAGUGGACGGCAUCUUCGUAACCUCCGUGCUUAUCGUCUUUGCUUUCUGGGUUUAACUUAAUCAGUUCAUUGAUGCAAAGAAUAGUUAUUACGAUUUCAGUUGCA